GUGCUCAGUCGCGCCAUCUUUGCUGAAAGUAAAACGUACAGCGAGUACAACGUCUUCACCACGCAUUUUCAUAGCGUGUAUAUAUAACAUUGUAGAUUGCUACUUGUUUUCAGAAUAAGUUCAAGGCAAACAAUUAAAAAAUAGUUUUCGCAUGCAUUUUAACUUAUCUCUGACGCACUACUUUCAGCGAUAAUUUACAAGGUUCGGGUGGCUGACAAUUGAGCCUUUGUGAAAGGCUGGCAUUAAACAAGUACUGGAAGUUACGAGAAGAUAAGUUUACGAAGUGGCAAGGCAAGUUAAAUAACCAGGAGUCUUACACAAUCUAACCAUGCAUCAUACCGUGACUGACCGCGCAUUGGCAUGGACGAAUUACAGUAUUCUCCUGUUUACGAUGAAAAGACACAGCAAGUUUUGGAACGAGAAUUUUCGCGAAUUCAAGGUGAAUGCUACGUAGAUCAUGCAGGUGCUACUCUUUAUUCUGAUAACCAGGUUAAAAAAUCAUUGGAUGAUUUGAUGCUAUCACUGUACACAAAUCCCCAUUCUAAUGGCGUGAAUGGAAAUGUCACUGAGGAAAUAGUUGAUAAUAUCCGAUAUACUAUUCUAGAUCAUUUCCAUACAACUCAAGAUGAAUACAGUGUUAUUUUCACAUCGGGCGCUACGGCUGCACUGAAAAUCGUGGCCGAAACGUUCAAUUUCAAAAAUGUCGACAAUAAAUCAGAUGAACAAACAGGAACGUUCGUUUAUCUUCAGGACAAUCACACAUCAGUGCUCGGUAUGCGGGAGUUGAUUGCUCAUAGAGGAGCUAAAGUCACGUGCUUGAAGAACGAAAAUGCGUUUGAAGUAUUACAAGAGUAUGAUGACAAAAAUAUUGGCAUGCAAAAUGAAAAGCCUAAUUCUUUAUUCGUCUAUUCAGCUCAGUGUAAUUUUUCUGGUUUUAAGUAUCCCCUUAGCUGGAUAAAAAAUGUCAAGAAUGGAUGUUUGAAUUCAUACACGAAAAGUGAAACAAAUUGGUUUACUUUACUCGAUGCAGCGUGUUUUGCAGGCACCAAUGAUCUGAAUCUUUCGAUCUACAAACCCGACUUUGUGUGCCUGUCAUUUUAUAAAUUGUUUGGUUAUCCUACUGGUGUAGGAGCUCUGAUAGUUAAAAAUGAUAGUGCGUAUGUCUUGAAAAAAAUGUAUUAUGGAGGGGGUACAGUGGAUGUUGUCUUGAGUUCAAAAAUGUUUCACGUUAAACGAGAAAGUUUGCACCAAAGGUUUGAAGAUGGUACAGUGUCUUUCUUAACAAUUGUCUCACUACAACAUGGAUAUAAAAUUUUAGCAGACAUUCCUAUGAACAGAAUAUCAGCCCACGUAUUUAGUUUAGCAAAAUUUUUACACCAUUCAUUGCUCACUUUACAUCAUCAAAAUGGAGCCCCGGUUGUUAAGCUAUAUUCAGAUUCGGACUAUGAAGACAGAAGUUUACAAGGAGGAAUCGUUUCUUUCAAUGUUCUGAGAGCCAAUGGAGAGUACGUAGGGUAUAUGGAAGUUUUGAAUAUGGCUGCAUUAUAUAAAAUUCAUUUGCGAACUGGAUGUUUUUGCAAUCCUGGAGCUUGUCAAAGGUUCUUGAUUUUGUCUGAUGAAGAAGUACUUAAAAACUAUGACACUGGUUACACAUGUGGUGGAACAAAAGACUUGAUCGAUGGAAAACCUACAGGAGCAGUAAGAAUAUCUUUUGGGUACAUGUCUACAAUAAGAGACGUAGAAACAGUUCUGUUGAUGCUAAAGAAAUGCUUUGUUAAUGGAAAACCAGUAAUUAAACUUCCAUUGUGGUGGUCAGAUUUCAAGACGAAAUUGAACGAGAAAUAUAAAAUAAAUAACAGUAAAAGUGUAAAUGGUACCCAAAAUAAUUUAAAAAACAACAUAGUAAAAAUAUCGAACAGAAUAACUUUGCUAGAACAAGUUUCUUUCAGUGUAAAAAAUAAUAAUAUUAAUAUUGUUCAAAAUGGGCAGAAAAGACCUUUAAAAUUAGCUAAAAUGUUUGUGUAUCCAGUUAAAUCUUGUGGUGCAUACGAAGUUGAACGUGAAUGGAUAUUGACUUCCAAAGGAUUGCAAUUUGAUAGAGAGUGGAUGAUUGUGACAUCUGCGGGUGUCUGUUUGACUCAAAAACAAGAAACAAAGCUUUGCUUGAUAAUACCAGUUAUUGAUUUUAAAAAUAAUGAAUUACAAUUAUCGUAUCCUGGUAUGCCAUCAAUUGGAGUUCCUUUAUAUUUCUCUGCGAAUGAAAUAAAUAGCAGUAAAAUAUGCAGAGGGAAGGUUUGUGGACAUAAGGUCGAAGGAGCUGAUUGCGGUGCUGAAGUUUCAGAAUGGCUUAGUCUGGCUUUGGGAAGACCAAAUCUAAAACUUAUAAGACAAAGUGAUUCAACAAAAGAAAACACGACGAAUAAACCAGCUUUGUCAUUCGCUAGUCAAAGUCAGUAUCUGUUGAUCAAUGUAGCUAGUACUGACUGGUUAGCUGAUCGAGUGCCAGAAGAUUCUCAAUGUGAUAGAGAUACAAUGUUGUACAGAUUUAGAGGGAAUUUUUAUGUGGAAGGAUGUGCACCUUUUGAAGAAACGAGAUGGAAAACUGUCCAAGUAGGAAACUGCUACUUUAAGGUUGAAGCAGUAUGCACUAGAUGUCAAAUGAUUUGUAUAGAUCAAACAACAGGGAAAAAAACUGUUGAACCAUUGCGCACCUUAGCUGAAGAGUUCCAUGGUAAAUUGAAAUUUGGAAUUUAUUUGGUAAAACAAAAUGAAGGAAAUGAUACCCUGUCUAUUGGCGAUAAAAUAUACUAUGAGUAAGAAUAGAGAAUUCAAGAAGUAUUUGAUGAAAAUAUUGUAUUAUACUACCAUAGGUCAGUAAUUGUUUUUAAGUUAAUUGUAGGACACUAGUGAUUAGUAGUAUACUAUUAAAACUUACUGUUAUUCAAAACACUAGACACAUUUUUAUGCGACUGUGUGUGCUUUAUAUUCAAUAAAUCAUUAUUUGAUAUUCAUAACA